CUCGUUCCCCGCCCGCUCCCACUUCCGCCGGUCCCACCGCCCGAAACCGGAAGAGCGGUGGCCGGAAGUUCCGGUGCGGUCACGUGCGGAGCAUCAUGGCGGCUCAUGGAGCGUGAGCGGCGAACCGGGACCGGGAGCUCCACCAUGGUGACGGACGAGGAGGUGGCCGCCAUCGGCCGCACGUUGCUGGAUGCGGCCCAGCCGCUGCCCGCCCGGUUCCGCGCCCUGUUCACCCUCCGGAACCUGGGCGGCCCCGCCGCCAUCUCGUGCAUCGCGCGGGGCUUCACCGACAGCUCCGCGCUGCUCAAACACGAGCUGGCGUUUUGUCUGGGCCAGAUGCGGGACCGAACCGCCAUCCCCGCCCUGAUCCGUGUGCUCAGGGACCGGCAGCAGGAGCCCAUGGUGCGGCACGAGGCGGGUGAAGCUUUGGGUGCCAUUGGGGAUCCCGAGGUGCUGGACGUCCUGAGGUGUUACUCGGAGGAUCCCGUGGUGGAGGUGGCAGAGACGUGCCAGCUGGCUGUACAGAGGCUGCAGUGGCUGCAGGAGCACGGGGAGGAGCCGGGCAGCAGCCCCUACUGCUCGGUGGAUCCUGCUCCCCCCGCUGAGGAGACGGACGUGGCCACGCUGCGCACGAUGCUCCUGGAUGAGUCGCGGCCGCUGUUCGAUCGUUACCGGGCCAUGUUUGCCCUGCGGAACCUGGGGGGCCGCGAUGCUGUGCUGGCACUGGCUGAUGGGCUCCGUGCUGGCAGCGCUCUGUUCCGCCACGAGAUCGGUUACGUGCUGGGCCAGAUGCAGGACGAGGCGUGUGUCCCGCAGCUGACUGCGGCACUGAGCAGCCGUGCUGAGAACCCCAUGGUGCGGCACGAGUGCGCCGAGGCGCUGGGCUCCAUCGCACGGCCGUCCUGCCUGGACACCCUGCGAACCUUCGCACGGGACGAGGAGCGGGUGGUGCGGGAAAGCUGCGAGGUGGCUCUGGACAUGUACGAGUACGAGAACAGCCCCCAGUUCCAGUACGCUGACGGGCUGUGCAGGCUGCAGGCCUGAGCCCAGCUGUGCAGGCUGCCUCCUUUCCCCAGGUUUGCUUUCCCUGUUCGCCUCCAUCAGCGUGGAUCCGUGGUGGAGGCGGAACCGGCUUUGCUCCCUGGCACAAUUACAGCCGCCUUCUGCAUCCAAA